AUGAGGGAGUGGAGAGUGGGGGGGUAUCCGGGUGUGGAAGUGUCACGGGGCGGGGGCGGGCCGGGCCGCAGACACGUUGCAACAAGCAGCUCCCUGCUGCCUAUCAGCAGCCGCAGGAAGGGGAAGUCGCAUGUAAUAAGGUGGGGGGUGGAGCUGGGAGUCCGCGGGCGCCGGACGGCUGGGGUCGGGUCGAGAGAGGGAGGUGCGGGACCCCCGGGGGAGGGGGAGAGUUCCCCGGAAUCCCCAGGCUCGUGCACAGAGGGGGGGGGAUCCCUGCGCGCGUGCCCGAGAGGAGGGGGUUCCCGGGGCUCGCGCACGAGCCGGGGAGGGGGUUUCCCCCAGACGCGCGCGCCGGUUAGGAAGAAGGGGGUAACCCCGGGAUUCCACGGGUCGGGGGGGGGGGGGGGGGGGGUGUUGUUACCCCGGGAUUCCCCCGGGACGGCGCGGGUACGCGAGGCGCUGCUCCUCUGCUACUUCGUGGCGCUGCUGCAGCUGCGGAGAAUGUGGGGCGCCCGGUACCUGCGGAGCCCCCUCGCCCGCUCGCUGCUGCUCGACCCGCCGCCCUCGCACCGCCACGACCCCGGCCGCCUGCAGUGGUACUCGUGUGACACAGACUUGCUGCCAGAUCACCUGCGGCCACUCUUUGUGCAGAGCCACCUGGACGGGGAGACGGUGGCGUUCCUCCGGCAGAGUUCGGAGAAGUCCGGCUGGCUCCUGGUCCAGAUCUACCAUUCCCUCGUCACCUCCGUCUUUGGAUUCUUCAUGUCCAAGACCUCCAUCAAUGGGUUGCUGGGGAGGGGGUCGAUGUUUGUGUUCUCUGAGGAGCAGUUGCUGGGCCUGUUGAGGGUGGGGCCGGAGUGGAAGACUGGCCGAGCCCUGGACCUGGGGGCCGGGGACGGGGAGGUCACCAAGAUCAUCGGCUCCCACGUGGAGGAGGUCUACGUCACCGAGGUCUCCCCCACCAUGAAGUGGCAGCUGAGGAAGAAACACUACAGGGUGCUGGAGGUGGACGAGUGGCAGAGUGGCAGCCUGCAGUACGACCUGGUCAGCUGCCUCAACCUGCUGGACCGCUGCGACCAGCCACUCACCCUGCUGCGGGACAUCCGCAACGUUCUGGAACCGCGCCAUGGGCUCCUCAUCCUCGCGGUGGUGCUGCCCUUCCAACCCUACGUGGAGAACGGCGGGCGCUGGGAGCGACCGGCGGAGUGGCUGCAUGUGACCGGGGAUACGUGGGAGGAGCAGGCGUGCAGCCUGAGCGAGGCACUGGCUGGGGCCGGCUUCACCGUGGUCUCCUUCAGCCGCCUGCCCUACCUGUGCGAGGGGGACCUGUACCGCGAGCACUACGUCCUGGACGACGCCGUCUUCGUGCUCGCCCCCGCCUGACGGGAGGGGGAGGGCACGGUUUCCCGGCCUGUAACGUGGAUCCGACCUGAAACGUCGACCGUCCCUCUGCCUCCACAGACGAUGUCCAAAUGGCCGCUGUGUUCCUGAGGAUGAGGCAGUUUGUCUCAUUCUCCGGGUUCCAGCACCUGUAGCCUCCGUAUAUACCUGCAACUGUGUGUGUGCAGAUGUGCACUAUAUGUCUGCAAUUGUAUGCAUGCAGAUGUGCACAACUUGUCUGCAAGUGUGUGUAGGUGUGCACACUAGGCAAUUGUGAGUGUGUGUGUGCACACUAUGUCUGCGAUUGUGUGUGUGCAGAUAUGGCCAAUAUGUGCAAUUAUGAAUGUGAACAUGUACAAAUGUGCACAACAUCUGUGAUUGUGAUGAAGUGCAUAUGAACACGUCAGUGCAAUUGUGAGCAUGGAAAUGUGCAUAAUAUGUCUGCAAUUGUGAGCAUGUACGUUCACAAUUGCACGGACAUAAUGUGCAUAUUUGCGGGAGGUGGGAC